AUUAGAGAACAAAAACAAGGUCAGUUGUGCAUGCAAAGAAGAGGAAUACGAAGAUCGUCGUCGGCGAUGGCCACAACUUUCUCUCUCCGCAACGCUGCAAUCAUCGCAUUCGGGAUUCUUUUCGUUUUCUGUAUAUCGAUUUCGACCGCCGAUCACCGUUCCAAUCCCAAAUCUUCUCCCUAUUGCGACCAUGAAUUCCGAUUGGUCAAGGUUAUGACCUGGGUUAAUGGUGUUGAAGGUGAAACAUUAGGUGGGCUAAGUGCAAGCUUUGGUGCUGAAUUGCCAAGACGUGCUAAAGAAGCCCUCAGAUUGCCUGCCAUUUUUCCAAAUCCGUUAAACUGCUGUUCUAGUUCCUCUUCAAAGUUAGAUGGCUUUGUUGUUUUGUCUCCACGCGGUGAUUGUGAUUUCACGACUAAAGCUGAAGUUGCACAAUCAGGAGGUGCAACAGCCCUGUUGGUGAUAAAUGACAAAGAAGAUCUUUUUGAGAUGGCUUGUUCUAAAAAUGAUACUACUUCAAACAUUACAAUUCCUGUUGUGAUGAUCUCAAAGACGGGAGGAGAGGCUGUAAACAGAUCUAUGGCAGGUGGAGGGAGUGUGGAAAUUCUGAUGUAUUCGCCAAAUAGUCCAAUUGUGGACUUCUCAGCUAUAUUCUUAUGGUUAAUGGCUGUUGGAACGGUUGUCUGUGCUUCACUUUGGUCGGAGUUUACUGGGCAGAAUGAUGACCGCUACAAUGAACUAUCGCAAAAGGAAUCUUUGAAUGCUGGAACAGUUGAAGAUGAUGCUGAGAAGGAAGUCCUUGAUAUUAGUGCAAAGAGUGCUGUAAUUUUUGUCAUAACGGCAUCUGCUUUUCUGGUGCUACUUUAUCUGUUUAUGUCGUCUUGGUUUGUGUGGCUGCUGAUUGUACUUUUCUGCAUUGGUGGAAUUCAGGGAAUGCAUACUUGCAUAGUAUCUCUUAUGUUAAGAAAAUGCAAAAACGCUGGGCAGAAGAUGGUGAAUGUGCCUCUUCUAGGAGAUGUUUCCGUUCUCUCUCUUGUGGUUUUGUUAUUUUGCUUUGCAUUUGCCAUUUUGUGGGCUGUAAAUAGGAAGGCGUCCUAUUCAUGGGUUGGUCAAGAUGUUCUUGGUAUCUGUUUGAUGAUAACAGUCCUGCAGAUGGCUCGAUUACCUAAUAUAAAGGUUGCUACGAUACUUCUUUGUUGUGCAUUUCUUUAUGACAUCUUUUGGGUCUUCCUAUCACCAUUGAUUUUCAAGGACAGUGUUAUGAUUGUGGUUGCUCGAGGUGACAACAGUGGUGGAGAAUCUAUUCCAAUGCUUUUGAGAAUUCCUCGACUUUUUGAUCCUUGGGGUGGUUAUGAUAUGAUUGGCUUUGGGGACAUUCUCUUUCCUGGUUUGCUCGUUUCAUUCUUUUUUAGAUUUGACAAAGCCAAUAAGAAGGGUGUACUAAAUGGAUAUUUUAUUUGGUCCAUAAUUGGCUAUGGAUUCGGUCUUUUCUUUACUUACCUAGGCUUGUAUCUUAUGGAUGGACACGGUCAACCUGCUCUCCUCUAUAUUGUUCCAUGUACAUUAGGUCUUACCAUCAUAUUAGGUUUGGUAAGAGGUGAGUUGAAGCACCUUUGGAACUAUGGCACCGAAUUACCCCCACCUAGGGGCCCUUCAGGGGAAGCUUGAGGCAUCAGAUUGCUAGCAUCUUUUAAACCAGGGGGUCAGUGACACUGAUCUACAAAUGUCAUGGACACACAAAAAUUGUAAUGCCAUAUUGGCCCCAUUUAGGAUCUCAGGGUGGAGAAAUUGCAGGGCCUUAAAGGCAGUUCACUCUUUUGAUUACUUUUAAUGUGUAUUAUAUCCUUUAUAUAUAUAUAUAUAGUGAAGCUCCAUUGUUAAUCAGGCUUAAUGUUGUAACAUAUGAAAUCACUCGUCGUUAUUGUUUGCUCCGAAAUUGAAAUAAUUGCAUAGAAAUGCGGGCAAUUUAUUAUUUGCCUUUUCUUUU